CAGACAAUAAAAGAUGCGUUCUUACUAAUCUUGAUGCUUGGAUUCGCUCGGAUUCUCAUUAUAGUGGAGAAGAUGAAGCAGCAGUUGUUGUGAUGUUAUGCUCAUCCUCACAACAUUUUUGAAUGGUGGAUUGGAUUGGUUUGGGUGUUCGCAGUGUCUCCAUCGUGAAUAAGAUGGAUUACUUUGAUGUCCUGUUAAUGAUCCUCCUUUAUUACGUACUCAUCUCUAAAGGGUUUUGUUGUUUGUUGGUAAAAUAUUUGCUAAAAUAUAGCUCGUAGAAGAUCGUGAUAUUUUCGAUAUUUUAGAGCUACAUAUUUUGACACAUGAUGUCAAUUUAUCCCUGCAUUGAGGCAAAAGUCACAUUUUUACAGAAUUGAAUUGGAUGAUGAUAAGGUUUACAAUAGCGGGACUCGCACUCCUCCACAUUCGUGAUCCAACUUUUUGGUGUAGCAUUUUAUUUAUCGCACUCAUCUUUGUGGUAAACUUUUGGUUAAAGUAAAGCACAACCCCACACACGGCGAAAAACAGAUUUGAAACUCAUCUCAUCUGCAUUACGACGAGGGAUUCUCAUCUUAUUCACUCCACUUGAGGUGCGUGCAUAUCGUGGCUUCUUCACCAUCGUUUAAUGUGUGUUAUAGUAAGAAGAUGAAGACGAUGAGGGAGCAAAGUAAAAAGGGAUGAACAAAGGACGACGCGGUGGUUGGUUUGGUUUGCGUCUGAAAAUUCGGUGGAGGCAAAGUCAUCUCCAAGUAAUUUAAAGAUUGUCUUAGUUUCAUCUUUGUCAACCAACCGAACUGAAGGCUCGAUCCGAACUUGGAAAUAUUUCGAAAGAGUUGAGAAAUAUAAGGAAAUUUUCGAAAUUUGUGAAUUUUUGGUAUAAAUAAACUAUAUAAUUGUGGAAAAUUAAUUUGAGUGAAAUUAACCAAGUUUCUCAGUGUAAUCCGUUUGCAAAUUAUGUGAAAUUAUACUUGUGUAGCUUAAUUUUUCAUGAAAUUGUGACGUUCUUCUAUUUAAAAAUAAUACAAAUUAGAGCUUGAAUAAUAAUCUCACAAAAAUGACGAGAAAAUCAACAACACAGAAAACUGUCCAGUUCCAAAUAGGAUUUCUUGUCGCGUUUAGCAAAUUCUUUUGCGUGCUGGGACAAAAUUAUGAAGUGGCUGACAUAGAUUGCGCAAUCGGCACGGGUGGCAAAGAACUUUUGACGGCGAGGCUCCGGAGACCCGAUGGUUUCAGGGGGAUGCCAAUUUUUGCCGAUGAUCGCGGCCAAUUAUUAAAGGAACCUUCCAUGCCUGCAAUAAUUCCGCAAGAAUUGUCGGAAGACGUACCCUGUCAAAUCUUGCCGGAUCCUAUCGACGGUUCUGGCAGGGUUUUCAAACUUCGCAUAACCGAUUUUAGUCAGUGUGGCGUCAUGAAAAGAAAUGGGUUUAUCCAUGUUCGGGUGUGGUUCCCUCAACUUCCUGGUGUCGUGAUGCUGUCGGAUCAAGAGGUCAUCAUAAUGUGCAAACCUCCAGCUGCAACGAUUGUACAAAGCAAAACGGCAGGCUUCGCCGGUAGCAUCCCUUCGGGAGCCAGGAUAAGUGGAAUUGUGGAAGAAUCGCCGGGCAGGUUGGAGUACGAGGUGGCGUUAUACAGAGAAACCGCGACGACAUCAUCAUUAGCGGCGAGAAGUUCUUCCUCGGCGUACAUCACGGGGGCGGAUUCCCACGAACUUCCGGUCGAUCAAGCUGUCCCAAUUGGAACGAGAUUGCAACUCAGGGCGAAAAUUAAUCCGGAUUCAGCUUGGAAACACGCAAAAUUGAUGGAAGUUUCAGUAUCACCGGAUCCCAAAAAUCCAAAUGCAGACGGAUCUGUAUCCUUAGUACGAGACGGGUGUCGAAACGCUGAUUUAGCCUCCAUAAUUCCGAAGCAACCUUAUCGAUACAAGGAGCGUACGAAUGAGGUCGUUUUAGAUUUUGAGGCCUUCCUAUUGUCAAACAUGGCGGAUAGAAGCACAUUAUGGCUCCAUACGCAAAUUAAGGCUUGCAUGGAAUCGCAAGAUUGUCACCCCCAGGAAUUUUGCAUGGACGUCUAUCAACCGAGCGGAUACGGGAAGAAGAGACGGCGUCGAAACAUCCACAACAAUGGACAUCCAAUUGGGGCAACUUCUUCGAUCAGCAUGUCGAAAUCUAACGCCACAUCGAUGGACUAUUCCGCCCCUCUCUCGCAACAUUGGACGACAUUUGCGGACGAGAUAAUAAUCGAUAACGCGUCAGAAAGGGAUGAAAAAUCGACAACAGUGAUUAAAAACUCGACAAAGAUAAAGACAUUGAACGAACUGCUGAACAGUGUCAAUUCUGCACGAGAUGAUCCCAUCGGUUUGAUAUCACUUCCGAUCCCAUCCUCGGAAACUAAGAGGGACGGAUUAUACGUGCACAAAGAGGAUAUUGAGGCGACGAUGAGAAAAUAUUUACCGAAAAGUUCCACCCCCAUGACAACUACGACCACGUUCAGGUCCACGACGACACUGCCGAGCAAUAAAAAUAGGGACAGCGGAGGGGACUCGACUAAUUUUGGGGACAAUAUCGGAUUUUCUGUCAUAAUGCCGUCCGAUUACUACCGGUCAACGAAUGUCUUAUCUUCGUCGUAUGAAUGUCGUGCAUGGGCAACGGCAACAUUGGUCUCACUUCUGGCCGCAGUAAUUUCCGCAAUUGUGGCCUGCGCGAUAGGAUAUAAAAUGAAACGGUCUGGCUCUGCGAAGGAAAGGGCGCUCUAUUCCAUGCAACCGCAUGGCCCGCUUUCAAAUAUGAUGCGACCACAUGUCAAAGAUAUCCACAUGUCAUCCGGAUCUGAUAACGUCCCCAAGAUGCGCGACAGUGGACAACUCUUUCACAAAUAUGCUCGAGACCCAUCAAUCUACAGAUCAUAAUCGUAAAUUUCCAGAAAGAUUUCUCAAUUUUUGGUUACCGUAAUUGUACGUAAGUAAUGAGUGACUUAUUAAGAAUACAGAUUUAUUUACAUAUGUAAGUAGGGCAGGCAAGUGAGUUAUUAAUGUACAACAUAGGGUUUAAUGGGCUAGCUAUUAAUAACCUGAAGGGGUAUUAGUUUUUAAGCUAUUUGUUAUUACUACUUUUUGUGGAUAUUUAUUUAUUUAUUUACUGUUUUUGUCGAAUAAAGUUAAACAAUCUUCUUUAAAUUGA